AUGUCAGUUCUGCAGCUUGCCAUUAAUCUCACGAAUCAACAGCUUCGAGUUGUCGACCACCAGCUUGCUCCCAUACACAAUCUCUCGAAACAGCUCGUGCUUGGGCCACUACUAGAACAAUUUCAUUUGGCUUCUUUUCUUUCAUUCUCAUAUCUAUUUCUUCACCCACCGCUUCAGUUCUCCAUUUUAUUCACCUUCUACUGCGCAAUACGCUGGCUGCUACCAGACGAGCGGACGAGCGACUGCUACCAGACGCCGGCUGAACACGACGGCUACGGUAGACGGAUCGGCUUGGAUCUGCUGGGUGUGGGACUCGUCAGUGCAAUACGCCGCCACGAGAAUGGUCGAACUUCGUGGACUGAGCCGCGAGGUGCUGCGCAGACCGAACAAGGGCUGAAGGGAAAAACACCGGCGAAGCGCCACUGGUGCGACGGCGACCGAGUAAAGGCAGCGUUGGGGAGGAAUUUUUUGCUCGAAUUUCUCUGA